GUCAUCCAAUCUCCACCGUCGGCCGACCCUUGCGACCUGCCACCUCCAAUCCUACUUCUUCUCCUCGUCCAAUUUCUCGCACCCAGACUCAUCCCCCGCCCUCUCAUCAUAUGCGCACAAGGUACAAGACCGGCAAUCUAAAACCUAAAACUUUUUUAUCCACUACCUCGCCUCUUCCCCCGAUUCCCAAAACUGCCCGCCAAGCCCUCCAGGAUCCCCAAUGGCGUGCCGCGAUGAUUGAGGAGUACAACGCCCUGCUCCGCAACCAGACCUGGCGGCUCAUUCCGCCUGCCACAGACCAAAACCUCAUCUCCUGCAAGUGGGUUUUUCGGAUCAAGACUCGCGCUGACGGCUCUGUCGAGCGCUACAAAGCCCGGCUGGUCGCCCGUGGUUUUCAACAGCGACCCGGCAUCGACUUUGGCGAAACAUACAGUCCCGUCCUCAAGCCGACGACCCUUCGUCUCAUUCUAUCUCUCGCGGUUGCGCAGCGCUGGCCGAUCCGCCAAUUGGACAUCACCAACGCAUUUCUACACGGCACUCUGUCCGAAGAUGUCUAUAUGCACCAGCCUCCCGGCUUUGUCGAUCCAGCUCGCCCUUCUCAUGUCUGUCACCUCCGCAAAUCCCUCUACGGCCUCAAACAAGCACCACGAGCCUGGUUUCAUUGUCUUCGUGAAGCAUUGGAAUCUUACGGUUUCAAGGGAUCCCAAACUGACCCAUCACUGUUUAUCCUCUGUCGCGGAUCUCUCCGCCUCUAUGUGCUCGUUUAUGUUGAUGAUAUUUUGCUUACCGGCAACCAAGGCAACGCCUUGCAUUCUGUUCUCCUUUAUCUGCAGAAAAAAUUUGCAGUUCGAGAUUUGGGGAGCCUCAACUACUUUCUGGGCAUUCAAGCUAUUUGGAACCCAAAGGGUCUCCUGCUCACUCAAGAAAAGUCCAUCCAAGCAAUACUAGAUCGUGCCCAGAUGACCAAUGCCAACGCCAUCUCCACCCCUGCGGCGCCGGCAACUAAGGAACCUGACCAGUCCCCUUUCACAGAUCCCACUCUAUACCGCCAAAUAGUUGGCGCCCUGCAAUACCUCCAGUUCACUCGACCAGAUAUCUCUCAGGCUGUCAACUACACCGCCCAGCAUAUGCACGCUCCUCUACAGCAUCAUUGGGCUGACGUCAAGCGAAUUCUCCGUUACCUCAAGGGCACAUCCACUCACGGUCUCUUCUUCAGCACAUCUUCUCCUCUGAUACUCUCCGGCUACUCCGAUGCCGCAUGGGCCAACUCCGUUCCCGAUCGCCGCUCCACCACCGGCUAUGCCAUCUACCUCGGCUCCCACCUCAUCUCCUGGUCAUCUCGCAAACAACGCACCGUCGCCCGUUCAUCGACCGAAGCAGAAUACAAGGCGUUAGCAACUUUGGCAGCCGAGAUCAUAUGGAUAGAGUCUCUAUUAUCAGAAAUUGGUCACACCCUGCCUUCACCACCCAAACUCUGGUGUGACAAUCUAGGAGCCACGUAUCUCACCGCCAAUCCCGUUUUUCACUCCCGUAGCAAGCAUAUGGAAAUUGAUUUCCACUUCGUACGUGAACGUGUUGCUGCAGGCAAGCUUCUUGUUCGCUACAUCUCCACAGAGGAUCAAAUUGCCGAUCUCCUCACGAAGCCUCUACCUCGACAGCGCUUCUUGCAUUUCCGGACCAAGUUGAAGGUUACCCACCGUCAACUUGCGGGGGCGUGAUAAGGGAGACCGGGUCUCCAGACACUCCAACAACUAUCAGUCCUCAACAACCUUCUGUUAUACAGUUCCUAUUAUUCCUCCACUACCCACGUUUGUGCAUUGCUCCUGUAUCCAUCAUGUAUAAAUAGUCUCCUCAGUCAUCAAUGUAAAACAUACAGAUAUUUGAGAUUCCACAGUUCCAAGAUGACCCAUGGUCAUGUUGUCAAAAACUUUCUGAUAAUUUUUAUCAUUGAUAAAUUUCACCACAAAGCCACUCACUUUUGCGAUUCGAAGUCAAACUGAAGGAGAGAUAUUGUUUUGUUUUAAACCAAAGGAUAGUAUUAAUUACCCCUCUAACAUUCUACAUAUAUCAUUUAUGUCGCACUUAAUAAUUUUUUGUGUGGGAUAUAUAUGGGGAUCGGGGAAGAGUGUUGAAGCAAAUUUCGAGGGACAUAUGUAUAAUUCAUAUUUUUAUAGUGAAUGAAUAGUACUUGAGAAC